AUGAGCAGUGACAAUAUCCUCAUUGUAGGCGCCACUCGAGGGCUGGGUGCCUCUCUAAAGGCCCUCUACGCCUCCAAACCAUCCACUCAUGUGUUUGGAACUACCCGCUCGGCCGCUUCAGAAGAAAAGCCCAACUCGCCCGUCACCUGGCUGACGGGAAUUGACAUGUCGAAGCCAGAUGUGGGCCACAAACUCAUCACCCAGCUUGGAUCAGCCGAAAUCUCAACUGCCAUCAUCUCCGCGGGCUAUUUCGGAUUGGAGACGUUUGAUUCGCCGGACUGGGAUAAGCAGGUGCGCAUGUAUACAACUUCCGCCAUUGGGCCAGUCUUCGUGGUCCACCAUCUAGUAAAGGCAGGUCUACUGGGAGAAGGGAGCAAGGUGAUUCUGGUCAGCAGCGAGAGUGGCAGUAUCACAUUGCGUCAUGAGGAAGAAGGGGGAGGAAAUUUUGGACAUCAUGCUAGCAAAGCUGCGCUGAACAUGGUGGGUAAGCUUCUCAGUCUGGACCUGAAGGAGCAGGGGAUUGCCGUUGGUCUUGUACAUCCUGGAUUUAUGCGAACAGAGAUGACCAAGGGGGUUGGAUUCGACAAAUACUGGGAUGCCGGCGGUGCCGUGACCCCCGAUGAGGCUGCUACCUCACUUGUGUCCUUCAUUGAACACUUUGAUCUCAGCAAGACUGGCGAGUUCUGGGCGCCGAGAGGACCUGGGGAUAUUGGAACAGCAGAAAGUGUUCUGGGCAAGAACUUGCCCACUCCUCUCCAGCUGCCUUGGUAG